AUGCCCAAAAACUCACCGCCUGCCUUCGGAUCGCAAGCCUACUGGAAUGAGCGCUUCACUUCAAACGACGAACCUUUCGAAUGGCUCGAGUCGCCCACCAUACUAGAUCCCUACAUAAUAUCUGCUUUGAGUAAAGCAAGCGAUGAAAAGCCGGAGCUGCUACACAUAGGUUGCGGCACAUCGUUGUUGUCCUACCAUUUACGUUCACAUGUAGAUGACCCGGAGCAAAUACAUAACCUGGACUACUCGGUCGUUGCUAUUGAACUGGGAAGGAAGCGUGAACACGACAUCUAUAAGAACCAAGAUCAGUACAAAAGGGACCCUAGAGAGAAUGGUAUCGCAUAUAUGCGCUGGGAUGCCGUGGAUCUACUUGACUACAAGUCCAUGCUGCACAGAUGUAAGCGUGCUGCUUACUUUGUCAUACUGGACAAAUCGACGUCCGACUCAAUUGCUUGCGGAGAUGAUGUGCAUGCCCCGCUGCCAUACCCGGUAGCCUCAUGGCUGUAA